AUGACUCAUAUGGACCUCUCGUCUGUUUUAUCAAUUGGUGGAAGUGCCGUUUCGUUUUUUCCUUUCUCAUCAACACCUAGUCCUUCAUUUCAUCAUUCAUAUUUUGGUCAAAAAAGUGAUGCAAAUUCCACGGCAGAAAUGCAUUUAUUUUGUAAAUCGACAGCAUCGAAGGUACGGCAGCGGCAUGAAUGGCAGGAGAAGUAUGGAGUACUAGGAUCUCCAUUUAAAACAAGCCGAGCGAGACGAGGAGCCUUGUUCUGUCGCUCAGGAACAUGGCUCGAAAUUCUAGGUGAAGCGCCUGAAAAUUCCAUUGAACGCGAAACAAUCCGUGGCUCAUCCACCGAAAACACCCAAUAUGGAAUUUUAGAUUUUAUAUCAGUUGCUAUAGGCUUAAUUAGCAUACGAGGUGUUCAAUCAAAUCGUUUUUUAUGUAUGAAUAGCGAAGGAAGUUUAUAUUCGACGCCGAUCUCAAAUUAUUCAUCUGAAUGUAUAUUUAUGGAGGAAAUGAUGGAAAAUUAUUAUAAUUUAUAUUCAUCAUGUACUUAUGGAUCACGUAAGAGGCCAUGGUACGUAGCUUUACGUCGCACCGGAAUACCGCGAAAAGGAAAGAACACAAGACGACGUCGGAAAGCCAGUCAUUUUCUUGUUAUCCAUUAUGAUAGAACAUCUAUCGCUCAAAAUUAUAUUUCGGAAGGGCAAUAUGGUUUUUCACGGCGGCUUCUCUCAAACCUACGUCAGCAGUCAUUGAUGAAGCUUCGAAAAAAAUAUCAAAAGAACUUGAAAAUUCCCAGUUCGUCGACGAAUGCUCAACAGUUGCCAACUGUUCCGAAAGGAUCAAACUUAAAUCAAAAACGAAAAAAUCGAAAAAAAAUAAAAAGUCGUCGUGAAGAGCGACUUCUUCAAGAAGAACUACGACGACAACAGCGACGAGAAGAUAUUCGUCGUUUACGUGAAGAAGAAUUGAAAAGAAACAAAGAUCGGCUUUAUGGUGAAGCUCUACAUCGUUCAUCACAUGCUAUUCCAUCUGCUGUAACAUUACCUUCUUCAGCUUCUUAUCCAGCUUCUUUAUCAAAAAAUUCUCCGCCCGUAUACGUUCCACCAAGGAUAUCAUCUGGAGCUGUAUCAACUACUCCACGUCUAUCUGGCGCUGGACUACAGAUUCGUCCACGUCGAAUAUCAUUAACGACAACAACAACUUCAGCAUUUUCUAGAACACAUAAUUUAUAG